AUGAGCGAGAGACAAGGAACCGGGGCUACAAAUGGGAAAGACAAGACGUCUGGUGAGAAUGAUGGGCAAAAGAAGGUCCAGGAGGAAUUUGACAUAGACAUGGACGCGCCAGAGACAGAGCGGGCGGCCGUGGCGAUACAGUCCCAGUUCAGAAAAUUCCAGAAGAAAAAAGCGGGGUCCCAGUCCUAG